CAGUUAACACCUUGCCGAGUGCAGGGUGCAGGGGUGCCAGCGAGGGAAGUGCCACUGGACGUGUUCCCCAGUCCACCAGUAGGUCCAGGAGAAGGAGAGACGGUCAUCGCCAGUCCCAGCGAUCCCCCAAACGUCUUCUCACGCCGUUAUAGCCAGGCUGUCCUCACUGCAUUCUUGAAAUUAAUGUCAUGUGAGAAUGUCCAUAAUUGAAGCUUGUGCAGUGACUCCCCAGAUCUACCCAACACAAGUCAGGUGGAGUGCUGGGGGCUCACCCAAGGGACGCCAUGAGUGACCUGGCACCCUAUGACCUCCAAGUGGGCGGCCACCACAAGGGCAGCCGGUCACAUGUGCUAAAAGAUGGGAAAGGGAGGAUUCUGAAGCCCCUGAAGCUAAAUGCCAACCCAACCUUCAAUCCUGAUGUGGAGGUCACCAGGAAAAAAGAUUAUUCUGAGGAUGAGCUCCAGCCAGUGUGUCGAGAUGAGCUAGAAUUAUAUCAGCGCAUUGCCACCUCAACCCAUCAAGACGAUGUGACUUUGAAGCCCUUCAUGCCAGCCUUCCACGGCUCUCAAAGUGUUCCAGGACCUGAUGGCAAAGAUGAGCUGCACCUGUUACUGGGGGACCUGACAUGGGGAUUAAGGCAACCGUGUGUUGCAGACAUCAAAAUAGGCCGUACUUGCCACUACCCUGGCAAGGCUGCGAAGAAACAUGCCAUGCUGCAGGAGCUGGGCUUCCGCCUCACAGGUAUGAGGGUCGUGCAGGUUGAUGCAGAUUUUAAGAUGAGCCAAGAGGAUUGUAAACAGUGGACUACACAACAGGUACUUCAAGGCUUGGAUAACUUCUGCCAGGGCACCACAGGCAUUGCCACACACCUCCGACAUUCCAUAGUGCGCGAGUUGCAACACAUUCACCAUUGGGUUGAGUCUCAGCGCAGCUACAUGCUCAGGGGAAGCUCAAUCCUGGUGGUGUAUGAUGCAGACCAACUAACCUCAGUGCCCCCAGAUGUUAUGAAUGGUGAAACCGUUGUGUCCACGGAGGCAUGGCCCAAAGUUAGGGUGAAAAUGAUUGACUUUGCACAUGUCCUACAUUCCUUUGGAAAUAAGGAUGAAAAUUAUUUAUUUGGCCUAGAAAACCUAAUAAAGUAUAUCGAUAAUAAAGAUGUCAAGUUGUGAAAAAAUCCAUGGCUAGCCCACACAGUUGUACAGAUAUUUAAGUUCCACUCAUAUUUUUGGAAAGCAUCUGUGAAUGAUAACUGCUAAAUAUUCUGAAAACAAAGUACUCAGGAAUGCCACUAAUACAAAGGGUGUUUUCUAUCAUCUGAUGCUAAACACAAGUACAAGUUUUAUAUGGCCUUGACACGAUGUGUUGCUCUUUGUAAGCAUUCUUUAUACAUUUAAGUCAAUAAUUUUAUGGAGGUUGUAUCAUUAUUUUACCCUUGAAACAGGAUUAAGAAUGCAAGACUAUAUUCCAGUGCCUAAAAAUUUAACUACAAAAGGACAUAAAUAUAAUACAAGAGGUUAGAGUUAAGGCCUGGGCCUUCCCUUGAACUAUUUUAGUUUGAAAAAUCAUAAUGGUCAAUAGCCAUUCUGACUUUCCACCAUGCCACCACAGGAAGAGGGUCAAUGAUGAUUAUGAUAUACCAUUGUAAAAUGUGCUGUUUAAGCAACUAAGGAAAUGAUACUCAGGAUAGAUA